UAUGGUGUACUCACUAUGUUUCCAAAUGCAACAGCUCGUAAAUUACUGGUGAUGCUGAUAUUUAUCUUAGUUUUCUGGGCCAUUUACUUGUCUUUAAAAGAAAUAAAGAUCCUGAACCUCGCCGUGCAGGUCAUGGCAUGCUACCAAUAUUACUGCUUCUUAAAGUCCAACGUAGGAGUUGAAUUGCUGAAAGACUUUACCUCUAGCAAGGUCUUACAAUGCAACAGUAAUUAGAACUUAGAAAAGAAAUGCCAGGUUGGAAUGAAGAUACCUUUCCGGGGUUAUACUGUGGAAAAGUGGGUCACAGCAUUUUGCAACAGAUGGAGUAAAAUGAGACUUACUCACCUCAUGGGAGAUUCAACAUUGUGUCAACUACUUACAGAAAGUUCUGAAACCUUCAAAUAUUUUGACCACCGUGGAACUGGGGUCUUUAACCACAUGCUUCUGGAUGCUGGAAGACAUUUGAUUCAGUGGGGAAAGCAUGGUCAUCCAUUUAUUACCACGAAUCUGUUCUCUGUGAAAGAUGAACACUAUAUCCCAUGGGAAAUUGACCAGGUAGCAGGAGACACACAGCACUUCAGACCCUUUCCCAUCAGCAUUUUCAUCAGUAGGGCCAUCAAUUUGCAAAAGGCCACUGAGUGUCUGCUCUUGCGCAGCCCAGAGACCAAGGUGAUCCUUAAACAGCAGCGGUUCUCAACCUUAAACACCAGGGAGCUGUGUCUGCAUGCAGAGAUGUUUGGUGACGUUCAUGGCUUUAGUCAGAAUCUUAUCAUGAGGGACAUUUAUGUGGAUCUCAGUGUGGGUAUUAUUGAUGCCUAGGACAUGACUAUUGCAUAUGGCACUAACCAUGCCCGUUCACUUGAUUAAGUGAUUGGAAAUCAGAUGAACAUUGUUAUCCACAAUAUUCAAGAUAUGGGAACAACCCAAAUGUCCAUUGACAAGUUGAUGAAAAAAGGAAACGUGUUGUAUACAUACAACGAAUAUAAUGCAAUCUUUAAAAAGAAGGAAAUCCAGUCACAUGCUACAACGUGGAUGAAACUUGAGGACAUUACGCUAAGCAAAAUAAGCCAGUAG